GGGAGCUGUAAUGAUAAACAUGAGCUGGAAAACUGGACCAAAGAAUCAGAAGAAAAUGCAUGAAUAAAUUAUCAACUGUGGACAUGCCCAGGAACUGAGAGCAGUCACCUCCCCCCACCCUCUCACUCUCCUGUUAAAAAAUCCUCAGCCGUGUAGCCAGAGAGCAGGAACGACAUCCCAGGACUUCUGUGGCCAGUGACACAGCAAACAACAUCAGAUCCUUUGAGACUUCAAAAACUAUUUAAAGAAGGAAGACAGCAUGAGAUUGGAUUCAGUGCAGUAAAGUAGGUUAGUUUGAGGACAAGACAAAAAGUCAUUAUUUAAACCUUCUUGUGUUGCCGUGAUGAGAACUUACCAUUGCUUCUGGCUGCUGUUUUGGGCUGGUCAGCCCCACCAAAGUUUCUUGACUCCGUUAUCCAAAAGGACUAGUGGCUUUCCAGAAAAAGAAAAGGUUUUGGUAUUGUCUGGAAACAGCAGGCGAGAAGUCCAUCGUUCCAAAAGGAGCUGGAUGUGGAAUCAAUUCUUUUUAUUGGAGGAAUACACAGGAACCGACUACCAAUAUGUUGGCAAGCUGCAUUCAGACCAGGAUAAAGGAGAUGGAUCACUUAAGUAUAUCCUUUCUGGAGAUGGAGCAGGAGACCUCUUCAUUAUCAAUGAAAACACUGGUGACAUCCAGGCCACAAAGAGACUAGACAGAGAAGAAAAGCCUGUAUACAUACUCCGUGCCCAGGCUAUAAACAGAAAGACUGGAAGACCGGUGGAACCAGAAUCUGAGUUCAUCAUUAAGAUCCAUGAUAUCAAUGACAAUGAACCAAUGUUUACAAAGGACAUUUACAAUGCCAGCAUUCCCGAAAUGUCAGAUGUUGGUACCUUUGUUGUGCAAGUCACUGCAACUGAUGCCGAUGAUCCUACGUAUGGGAACAGUGCUAAAGUUGUCUACAGCAUUCUCCAGGGACAACCAUAUUUCUCUGUCGAAUCUGAGACAGGCAUUAUUAAAACUGCUUUGCUAAACAUGGACCGUGAAAACAGGGAGCAAUACCAAGUGGUCAUCCAGGCUAAGGACAUGGGAGGCCAGAUGGGCGGAUUAUCAGGAACCACCACCGUGAACAUCACGCUGACUGACGUUAAUGACAAUCCACCUCGCUUCCCCCAGAGCACUUACCAGUUCAGAGCUCCUGAGUCUACACCACCCGACUCACCAGUUGGCAGGAUAAAAGCUAAUGAUGCCGAUGUGGAUGAAAAUGCAGAGAUUGAAUACAGCAUUACUGAGGGGGAUGGAUAUGACAUGUUUGGAAUUACCACAGACAAGGACACACAGGAAGGAAUUAUAACUGUCAAAAAGGCAUUAGAUUUUGAAAAUAAAAGCCUGUAUAUUCUGAAAGUAGAAGCUACCAAUACUCAUGUGGACCCUCGAUUCCUCUACCUGGGGCCAUUCAAGGACUCAGCUACAGUCAGAAUUCAGGUGGAGGAUGUAGAUGAGCCCCCUGUGUUCAGCAGACCAGCAUACAUAAUGGAAGUAAAAGAAGAUGUUCCAAUAAACAGUGUAAUAGGAACAGUAACUGCUCAGGAUCCGGAUGCUGCCAAGAACCCUGUCAAGUACUCUGUAGAUCGACACACUGAUAUGGACAGAGUAUUCAACAUCAAUUCAGGAAAUGGUUCGAUAUUUACUUCAAAACCCCUUGACCGGGAAACACUGCUAUGGCACAACAUUACAGUAAUAGCAGCAGAGAUCAACAACCCAAAACAAAGCAGCCGUGUCCCAGUGUUCAUUAAGGUUUUGGAUGUAAAUGACAAUGCUCCAGAGUUUGCCAUGUUUUAUGAGACCUUCGUCUGUGAAAAUGCAAAGGCAGAACAGCUGAUACAAACAUUAAGUGCUGUUGAUAAAGAUGACUCUUACAGUGGACAUCAGUUUUCAUUCUCCUUAGCUCCUGAGGCAGCCAGCAGCUCCAACUUUACACUACAGGACAACAGAGACAACACAGCAGGGAUUUUUACCCGAAAAACCAGAUAUAACCGGCAUGAAAUGAGUACGUACUUCUUGCCAGUGGUAAUAUCAGACAAUGACUACCCCAUCCAGAGCAGCACUGAAACAGUGACUAUUCGAGUAUGUGCUUGUGACCAUCGAGGAAAGAUGCUGUCCUGUAAUGCAGAAGCCUUGAUUCAUCCUACUGGUCUUAGCACUGGGGCUCUUAUUGCCAUUCUUCUCUGUAUCAUUAUACUACUCGUUACAGUGGUGCUGUUUGCAGCACUCAGACGGCAGCGGAAAAAAGAGCCUUUGAUUAUUUCCAAAGAAGACAUCAGAGACAACAUUGUCAGUUAUAAUGAUGAAGGUGGUGGAGAGGAAGACACCCAGGCAUUUGAUAUCGGCACACUGAGGAAUCCCGAAGCCAUAGACGAUAACAAAUUGCGCAGAGACAUUGUGCCGGAAACACUUUUUAUGCCACGGCGGACUGCAACAGCACGAGAUAACACGGAUGUCAGAGAUUUCAUUAACCAAAGGUUAAAGGAAAAUGAUACAGAUCCAACGGCACCCCCAUAUGACUCGUUAGCAACCUACGCAUAUGAAGGUAAUGGUUCUGUGGCCGAGUCUCUCAGCUCCUUGGAGUCGGUGACUACAGAUGGAGAUCAGGACUACGAUUACCUCAGUGACUGGGGGCCUCGGUUUAAAAAGCUGGCAGAUAUGUAUGGUGCAAUGGACAGUGACAAAGACUCUUAAUAUGUUGCCUUUUUUUUUUUUUUCCCUUCCUCAUUUUCAGAAACAGCAUUGAAAUAUGUGAAGUGGCUAUUUCUUUCUAUUUCUCCACAGAUGUGUGAAAGGGUUGUCUAUUCUACCCGUUCAAAUUGUCUAAUGACUGCAGUCUGUGUGGAUCAGCUGUCAGAAAUUUUUUUCUAGUAUCAUUUUAUGAGCUUCCAAGAGGCAAAAUUCUUAUUUUUUACUGCAUCCAGUUUACCAAGCCAAUCUUACAGUAGUGGAGGGGAAAAAAAGGAUCAGAAGGGGAGCAAUAUUUUCACUUGUUCUGCUUAUAUUGUAAAUUGGAGUAUAUUAUUGUUCAAGCUCACUUGCUCUUUUUACUUGUAUUCAGACUAUUCAGCUCAGACAACUGCUCUGUCGAUUGUGUAUUGCACAUCCCAAUGUAAUGAGGUACCCUAGUUUACCCUAUGUAUUAUAGUCAAAAGUAGUGGUGAUGAAAUGAAGGUUUAUUAUACAAGUAGAGUAAGCUGAGAAAAAACAUCAAACAUGCAUUUUAAUCGUAAAAAGGGUAGAAAGGCCUAAUGGUCAUUCAAAUCUAAGUGUUUUUCUAGAUCUUGCCAUUGCCCCCAAUGCACUGAAUCAUACUAACACACGCAUAUAUAUAGUUCAUUGACUGCAAUGUAUAUAUUUUUCUGACCUAGCAUUGCUGGAGAGAUGUGUGUGCGUGCAUGUGUGUGCAGUCGGUAGCCCAAUAUCUAGUUCUUAGGUGGUUUCCCAGUUCUAACCCAGAUUUGCCUUGUGAUACAGGGAAAGUCAUCUAAUCCAACUCCAGAUUAGCUCACAAUUUGGAGGAAGGAGCAGAUUAUAACUGUGCUUUUCUUCAUACUUCUCUGGUCAGCCCCCUCCUGCACAUCAUUUCAGUGAUGGCCACUGCGCUGGGGAGGUGGGAGUCAGGCUUUCCAUAUCCAUCUAAUUCUGACUGUUCUCAUGUGCAGGAGGGGAGUAAUAGCCUCAAGGUAACUACCACCCGAUGGGGCAAAAAGAGCAACUGUAAAGGAGGAAAGAGUGCUUUUUUGGUCCUGACUUUCCCUGCCUGGAUGCCCAGGGUAGCUUCCUGACUCUCUGCCCAGUUUUGCUAUCUGUAAAGUGGGGAAAUAAUGCCUACCUCAUCAGGAUGUUGCAAGAAUUAUAUAAGUCAUUUGGAAAAUGCUUUAGAGAUGGAAAACAGUGGCAUUCAGCCAGAGGAAGUAUUUUCUUAUGCUUUUGAGUGGUUUUCUUACCCACACCCACCCCCCACCCCACCCCCGAUUCAAGCCCUGAAUACACAAGUAAGUUAGAAUCAAUUGUCAUUCCAGUGGCCUGAAAAAGUAGGGUUUAUAACUAUAACUCAUUUUUAAAAUAAACUACUCAGCCAGAGCUGUUAAAAGACUUCACCAAAAGGUAAAAAUUUAAUCACAAGUCUCUCUGUGUUUAUCUGCUUUGCCAAGCUAAGUAAUUUUUGUCCAGGGGUGGGGUAGGGGAAGAUGCCAUAGUCUCAGGCCAAAACAAUUUUCUUUACAGCUUGUGCACCACUCAGUAUUUCUGUUGGUUUGUCAAAUGCGUGCAGUUGCUGCUCUUCAAAUUCAGCCAUCUAGGAGAGGCUAUCUGCAGAAAACCCUAAUGGGCUGCCACGGGACAUGUCCAAUUCCAGGGGCGAAAAGCUGCCCUGUGUCCCAAAGUAGGGACACAGCCCAAUGGCACUGUGCCAAGGCAAGAAGGAUUUUUUAAAAAAAUUAAAUUUUUUAAUAUACCUCAGACAUAACUAAACUCAUUUAUUUCAAGACAGUAUUUAAUACCAGAAUUACAGACAUGGAUCUAUUUCCCUACCUUGUUGUGGUGUGAAUCAGUUUGAAAACUAAACAGCAACUCCAAUUUACUCUAAAAAUAGAGAAGGGAAAAAAGUUAAUAAACAGAAAAUUAAAAGGGAUUAAAAAUUAAUCCCUGGAAUUCAUUACUCAUAGAGAGUUAAAUAAAGAAAGCAGUAAGAUUUCCGAGUAUUGGACUUUUACAAGCAUGACGCCAUAAUUUCAGGUUUUGCAAACCGGCUGACAGUGGAGGAUGAGCCAGCCACGCUGCGGUGCUCAACUGGGUUUGGGAAAGACUUCUUCGCAGUGGGGAGCACUGCACUUUUAGAGGUCUAGGGCAAGGCAGCUAGUGGCUUGCAGAUGCCCAGCAUGAUAGACUAAAUGGGUUUUCAGAGUGGAGGAGCCCAGAGUUUCAAAGGGCCCUAAACCACUGGUGUCCCCGAUGGAGGCCUCUCACGGUGCUUCAGUCCAGCAGGGUGAGGUGCCCAACUCCAUUGCUCAGGGAGGCUGAGCCUGUCACACCUGUCACAACAGCAAUGGCACGACUAGGCCUUUAUUAUGUCCUCCUGAUGGCCCCUUAUUAAUUCAAGAUGAUAAAAGCUUUUGAAAAUCUAGCCCUUUGUGGCUUCCUUGAAACCAGAGCAUUCAGGAGGCAAUCUGUCUGAAACCUGGCUCUGGCAGACUGGAGGGACCAUCUGGAUUUCGGAUACAUGGAGGAGCAGCAGGUGCUCAGCACCACCUGCCACGGGCCCCUCACUUCAGGCUGCUCUCCUCAUACAGGCAGCGGAGACAGUGUACCCCUCAGGGGGCUCUUCCGAAUGGCUCCCUAACACACUCCUGUGUCUCACCCUUCACUGCCUGGGCUUGCCUCGAGAGUCCAGCUGGAUGCCCAAAGAGAGCCAGUGAGCAGUCUCUUUCCCUCCUCAGGCCCUGAGAAAACUGGUUUGUGUGUGGAGGGGAUGGCAGAGGUGGCUGCGAAACCACACAGAUAUUUGGCCCUGCGAGCCACCCCCAGCUCACAGGGAAGGGGGAGCCACUGUCUCUUGGCUGAAGACAGACCUUGCACCCUGAAAGGGCUGGGCUGCCCUGCAGAGGGCAGCUGGCAUUAAUCACUCUUGGGGGUGGAAUAACAAGGCAGGAGGAUCACUGAUCUCCUUGUAACUACUUUUCUAUGGUUGUACAGUGAUUUUGUCUGAUUUAGUGAUUGUCAGUAGGAGUCCAUGCGCAAGGGGUUUUUGGUUUGGGUUGGUUUUUUUUUUUUCCUUCUUUUAAUUGAAAGCUGGUUUUAUCUUGUCCAUUGAGUGACACAGUAAAUAAUAGAGAGUGGCUACUCGUGCCUGUUGUGUAAAUAUAUUAUAUAUAAAAUUAUGUUAUUUCACCACAAAUAUGGUGCCUGAAUAGGAAAUGGAUUCUUCUGAGAAAAUUCAAAGCAAACUCGCAUCGAAAUUAUUAUUUAUGCAUCUAGGUUUUAAGGUCUAUUUUUUCCUGCAAAUUAGACAGAGUUAGCAUCUCUCACACAGCAAGAAGAGUUCAAUUCUGUCUUUUCUUCUUGCUUGGCAGUACCACAAAGUGCAAUUUAUAAAAUCAGUACUGCAUAUUAAAUAUUGAAAGUGCCAUAUUGAAGUGAAUACAAAAUUUUGCAGUAGUAUUUCUUUGCACUUUGUUGCAUGCCAGCGUGCUAGGUGAUAGGAAUAAGUAUUUAACAAUGCUUUCACACAGUGCUAGAAUUGUCAUUUAUAGAUAAACAAGUGUUAGACUAUGGGCUAUGAAGUGGGUUUCAAGGCUGUUUUAAGCCUGCUUUUCUUAUAACCACACCUAUUUCAGAAGAAGAAAUAUUAUUAGGAAGUUUAGCUAAGCCAGGUAGAGAGAUGAACAAUGCAGUUGGCUUUUAAUUUGGAAAAGCAUCUGAUAUAACAACAUGGGAUCUAUUAAAAGAUACCAGGGAGUUCAGUAGAGUUAAGAUGAAACAGGGGCUUGUAUAUGGGAGACUUUUCCAGCAUUGCCACUGCAGAACAAUGACAUCUCUACACUUGAAAUGGAAUAAGGUUUCUAGUAUAGCUAUUUCAUCCCGGCUCCCAAAACAGCCACUUUAUUCAAGAAAAAUAUUUUUUUUACUCCAGAAGAAUGAUUAUUUCAGGUUAAAACUGAUGCUAUCCCACAGCAGCACCAGUAAGGGGAGACACAGCAACACAUGCCUCCAAGGCAGUUUUGCCAGGACAUCUCUCUGUAGACAAGCCCUUGGCAGAGAACUGAGGCAAAAACUCGCAGCAUGCUCUGGACGAGGGGAUUUGCGGGUUUCCACAGGUCUCUACUGACAGUAUCACAGGACUGGGAUGUGUUCCCAAACCUGCUGUGGAUGAAGAUGCACCUAACAGUGAGAAAAACAAGUUGUCUGUGUUUUUCAGUUAUUGCUGGUAAAAAAAUUCCCUGAAAAGAUUCUGAGUAGAAGAAAAACUCUCCACCUGUACCAACACCAGUAUUUUCUAAAUUUAUCCUAAGAUAUAUUUUUCUGAAUUUUUAUUUUGUUAGUUGUCAGGUCUUACUUCAUUCUGUUAAAUGUGAAUGGGAAAGGCAGGCUUCAAGUGAUCCAGUUUUGGAAGUAGCAGGCUACAUUACAAGGCACAACAUUUCCAUUUUUCUGUAACAAAACAAACAAGAAAAAUCUUACAAAACCCAACUAAGUGAAUUUUUGUAGUACCAUAAAAAGCAGAAUGGUCAUAAAGAAAUAGAGCAGGGAGAAAUGACUUUGGGAAUGUGUGUCUACACAUGUAUGGUAUGAAUAAAAUGAAGGGAAAUAAUGAACAUUGGAAGCCGGCCAUGUUUCAAAACCAAACUUACCCACGUUGAGCAGGGCCUACAGUGCACAGUCACUUCUAACCCUUCGAGGUUUCCUACAGCAGCCAGAGGGAGAUUUGCAUGGAUAGGGAGAAAGACACCAUCUUUUUCAGACCCAGCAAAUUAAAUGCAGGAUACUUCCGUGCAGAUCCCUGGGAAAGAAAGUCCCUUUGUUAAGAUUAUUAUUAAAAUGUGUUAAAUUUCUGCAGCAGAUCUAUCUUGAUGGCCUUCUGCACAGAGAAAUCUGGACAGUAAUUCUGAGCAGGUAACUCCCUGUGAACACCACCAUGUUAGCUCUUCUUGCCACCAUCUGUUUUAAAUCUCUCCAUGUUUCAUUUGUCUAUAAAUAGUAUUGAUGUUUUUCAGAAGAUCACUGUCCCAGCUGGAUGCUGCCAUCCCCUGCCCAUUUGUGUUUCAAUCAACACUGCAGUCUGAACUCCCUUGUCAAAUGAGAGCUGACAAAUUAACACUCAUUACACUACUUCCAAUAAUUAUAAACUACGUCAUAAGUUACGAAAGGCAAGGGUUUUUCCAACCCCUUUAGACCUGUGAAACAGCAGCCUCUUCCAAUAAAUGUCAAAGCCACAGCAUUUCUUAUUUUCACUUUAGUCUUCAGAAAGGCUUGUUUCCUUAGAGAUUGUUCCUGUACUUAAGAAAGAAGAGGAACAGAAGCAUAUUUAAUGUCUACAGCCUCAUGCAUUGCUCCAGAAGGAGGGAAAAAACCACAGCAGCCAAUGCAGUGUUUUAAUGCCAGUCUCUCCUCUCAGUAAAACUAAUUCAGGCACAGCUGAAUCAAUCUUGAUCCUGCCCAUCAUUUCACAAUAUUACACUUUUCAGUCCAGACCUGCAUUUGUCAUACACUAAAUGCUUUCCCAGACAGUUCAUAAAAUUCAUCAGUAAGUAUCCAAAAGCCAUGGCUGAGGUUACAGGGAGUACAAGAGUCACAGAACUGGGAGUUUCAGGAAGAACACGAAGUGAAUUGCAUGAGGGCAUGGAGGGAGGUAAUCAAUGAUAUGCAAGGCAGGCCCAUGGCACUUAAAAGCCACAAAGCUGUCAUAUUGUGCUUAGAGUUACUGGAUUUCAAAGGAGUUUUUAUUUUUUUUUUUUUUUUUUUUUUUUCUGCAUGUAUCUUUUGCUUUCCUUAAAAA